AUGAUUCCAAAUGGGUCCAGAGCCAGCGCGGCAGAUAGCGCUCCGGUUUGGGGCUUUUCCAGACGCGAGAGACACGGCUGCCGAGCCGCCAGCGCCAGAGUCCGCCCGGCGGGAAAAGCCGCUUGGACCACAGCAAGUCCGAGGGGGCUUCCGCUCCCUCCGCUCAGCUCCGCAGACCUAUUGCCACUGAGAAACUCCUCUGGCUCCUGCCGGGUUCCGGGUUUCCAGCGGACCAAAGACGCAGCUUCUGCACACCCCAGAAGACAUCUUCAGACCGGGAACCGCUGCUGUUUUUUGUUUUCUAAGGGUCGACAGAUCGUCGUGGUUGUUCCCAAAACUUCUGUACUCCUUCUAACCCCUUCCCUCACCCCCCAUGGGAUGAACCGCCACAAAAUGGCGGUGGCCGCGUGGCGGGGGUCUUUGUCUCAUCACAAGAUGGACAAAGAAGUGCGGCAGGAACUCCUUCUUCCCAGGUACCCCCCCACACCAGUCCCUGACCCUCCUUCCCUUUGUCCUGACCCCUCCUCCUCCUCUCUUGCGGCAGACCAAACCCCUCCCAAGUGCUAUUGCAGGCCUCCACCCACAGCACUGCCCCUCCAGGUGGUUCCUUCAGCUCCACCCCUCGAGGUUGCACCACCCACUCCCACCCUGCUCCACACGGCAUCACCACACGGCAUAAGCCACUCCCACACAAACCUCCACCCCCGAGCAUCCGGACCCUGCCCCCCCGCCUCCAGUUUUCCCAGGGCCUGGCCUCUGGUUCCCAUGGCGACGGGAAAGGUGGGGAGGCCGAAGCCGGGAAACAGAAAGCAGGCAGAGAUUCAAACUCCUUGUUUCUCGCGCCAGUGUUGUACAACGCGAGAGGGCAAAGCCCCAGAUGGGAACCACUUUCAUAUGAAAGCAUAA